AUGUCUGAGAAAUACGACGACCGCGUGGUGGAUGGCGAGAAACAUGCUGUCGACGUACAACUUGGAGAGUUCAUCGACCCUGCCAGGGAGAAGAAGCUUCUUGCCAAGUUGGACUUAGCAUUGGUACCUAUCAUCAUGCUGACUUACUUGGCUUGCUUCCUUGACCGCAGCAAUAUUGGAAACGUCAAAGUUGCUGGUAUGCCCGAGGAUAUUGGUGCCAGUGCAGAGCAGUUUUCGACAGCAGUUUCGAUAUUUUACGCAACCUACGUUUUGAGUGAAACGCCAUGGGCAGUUCUUCUGAAGAAGUUCACCCCCAAAUAUACCAUUGGUGGUCUCUGUGUGGUGUGGUCCCUUACCACCAUCUUCAGCGGCUUUAUCACUAGCGUUGGUGGUCUCUACGCAGCGCGUCUUGUCCUUGGAGCCUGCGAAGGAGGUCUCUUCCCUGGUCUGAACCUCUACUUGACGAUGGUCUAUAAGAGAGAGGAGAUGGCCAAGAGAGUGGCUUACCUUUUCGUUUGUACGGCGCUCGCUGGCGCUUUUGGUGGACUUUUGGCUUACGGCAUCUUGCAAAUGGACGGAGUGUCCGGACUGGCAGGCUGGAAGUGGGUCUACAUCAUCGAGGGUAUCUUCUCAGUCGGCGUAGCAAUUGUCGUGUUCGCCUUCUUGCCCAACGACCCCAAUAAUGCCUACUUCCUCAACGACGAUGACAAGCAGUUGAUGCAAGUCAGAGCAAGGCAACGCGCAGCCUACAUGGGAUCCGAGCACUUCAGCUGGGCGGAAGUCAAGAUUGCUCUGACUGAUCCUAAGGUCAUCCUCAGUGGCCUCAUUCAGUUCUGCCAAGAUAUCCUUCUCUACGGAUUCUCGACCUUCCUGCCAUCUAUCAUCAAAUCCUUGGGUUACAACUCGCUCCAAGCGCAAUACCUCACGAUCCCGGUAUACGUCUUCGGCGGUCUUGCCUUUAUGGCUGUCGCUUGGUUCUCGGAUCGAACAUGCAUUCGUGGACCGCUGAUAGCCUUUGCCAAUAUCUUCGGCAUCAUUGGCUAUAUCUUGAUCAUCUGCCCAACACCACAUGGAGUCAAGUUCCUAGGCACUUUCUUGUGUGCCGUAGCAGUCUACAACGGACCUGGGCUGAACAUGAGUUGGCUCAAUGUCAAUGUUGCACCACAAUACCGCCGAGCCACUGCUAUUGGCUUCCAACAGACUAUCGGUAACACUGCUGGUAUUGUAGCAGGACAGAUCUACCGAAAGAGUCCGUAUGUCCUCGGCAACUCCUUCUCGCUCGGAGCUCUUGGUGUUGCACAGAUUUUGAUCCUUUGCAAGUGGCUGUACCUUAGACACUGCAACAAUGCCAAAGAGAGAAUUGCGGAUGGUGAGGAGGAUACUAGAAGGGUGCAGACCGGAGACGCUGCUGUAGAUUUCAAGUACCAUCUGUAG